CGCAACUUCCGUAUAACCUUGAUACAAUCAGCUGAUGAACUGAGCGCUGCAGAAGAGAAAAAACAAGUGGAAGUGGAAGGUUAUUUUAUCAUCAUCGUCGUUCAUAUAUGUAAAUAAAUAAAAUCAUUUUCGAGUAGUGAUUAAAUCUAGUCUUCUUGAAGUAUAUCGAGUGCGCGUUUUUUUCACCUGAGACAAAAACCUUCUCGUUCGCCAAGAUUUUUGAGGAUAUUUUAUACACUCGCAAACUCGUGCUGUACAUAGUACCUAAAUCGCUUAGCAAUAUAAGAGAAAUUAUUUAUUAAGAGCGUAUUUUUACGAUUUAUCAAAGUGUUCAAGUGACAAUAUUUAUAAAGAUGUCGGCUUGGGCAAAAAUACAGACGAUCGAGGAGCCAAUCAGCUUUGCUGAGAUCACAUCGGAGCAGCUUGCUCACAGUCUACAAGAGAAGGAAAUUCAGAAACAUGCAAAGACAGUAGUGAAAGAAACUCCCAAAGUUCCAGAGGAAGUUCCUGAAUUAUUUGAGAUUGAUCAGACGGAGAGCGAUGCAACCAUUGCACACAUGGUCCAAAGUGAAUUGAAUGCAGAAUAUGAUCUGAUGCUCAAACGUACUGAAAAGAAAUUUAAUGGGGAUUCAAAAGUCAAUAUUUCGUACUUAAACUAUCGAGCUGGAUUAGAAGAACCCGAAGAGCCAAGGAAUGCAGAUAUUGAUGAUGAAAAUAGAGACUUUGAUCGUUUUGUGAGUGUCGAAAAAGAGUAUGCUUCAAUACCUCGUUGUGGGUACAAAAAGAUCGGAGAUGGCGAAGCUUCUCAAAUCGUCACGAAACACGAUAUGCUUAUGACUUCCAGAAUAAACGCAUGCCGCGUUCUCGAAUUUCCGCCAGGAAUUCAAACGGGUGAUACUGGUGGAUUCGACGUGAAACUGAAUAACAAGGUGUUCAAUUCUCUGCGGCAACACAGCCAUGCACAUUGCUCCAGAGAAAAAGCCAAAGCCCAUCCAAAGCCGCAAGCGAAGAGUCAAAGCACAACGCCGAAAGCCGAGGAAUAAAAAAAGUAUAUUGCUGUUGGCUAAAUCAAACAAGAGAUAAAUUUUAUUGACGGAUGGAAAUUUGAAUUUCUAAAAAUAUAAAUGAUUAAAAUAAAAUCUUUACAGUAAAUUUUUACUGAAAAAGGGCAACAAUAAAUUUCUUUUUUUAACAAAAA